UCGAUUGCUCCAGCCUUUCCAAUAUGUCUGCGCCCUUGUCCUGCCAGUGACCGCCGAGUGGGGAUGUUUGCGUUGCGGACAGCCGUGUUCGAGGUCCUGGGCCUGGGCAUCAGGGCAGGGCCCAGGCUGGUGUCGGCUGGAAGGGAAGCAGCCAAGUGUCAGACAUGCUUCGGAGACGCGAGGUCGCUGGCAGCAAGGGCCAGUCUUCUCCAUGUGUCCAGGACGUACGCCACGGUGAAAUCUCCUGGGGGGCCAAGCCAGCUGGAUGACUUACCUCCUACAAUGUUUAAGAAGGAGUAUCUUGGAAUACAAAACACAGAAGGGGUUAAUGAUGUUGUUAAACGAUUAUUGUCUCUGGAUAUGGCAAGUCAGUCUGAUAAACUGAAGAUUAAAAUCCAGCAGCUUGGGGAUAAAGUGAGGAGAAGCCCUGAUGACAAUACAUCUACAGAAAUCUAUAUUGCUACUUUAACGGCUAGAAUCCAAAAUUUUAAGGAGCAUCUUCAAAAUCAUCCAAAGGAUAAAGCAAACAAGAGGCGGAUGCUAAUGUCAAUUGAUAGGAGGAAGAAGCUGUUAAAGUUCCUGCGUCGCACACGCUUUGAUGCAUUUGAACACGUAUGCGCUCAGCUUGGCAUUGAAUAUACCUUUCCUCCAGAAUACUACAGACGAGCAACGAAACGAUGGAUAGCAAAGAAAGCUUUCUGCUUGCAGGUAUACAAAGAAGCAAAGAAACUGAAAGAAAAAGAACUAUUGCAAAGGAAGAAGCGUAUUCCUAAGGCCCACUCUCCUCUCUAUGUGUUUCCCCAACCAUCAAAUUGAGUUUGGCAUCACAUAUUGCUAUCCCCAUGAUGGAUUAAAGGGCAUCUGUCAGUAGAUUUUUCCCUAUGAAACUCGUUGAUCUGUCGCAUGUGCGCUUGGCAGCUAAAGGCAUCUGUCUUGGUCCCAUGUUCAUAUGUGC